GACGAUCUCAACCAACAGUCACUCUAUGUACGUUUUGAACGCUUGGUCCGGGACGCUUGGCAGGUCGCUGUCGGCAGAGAGAGGCGAACGGGAGCGCCCACAUUCCAGCAACACCGUCCGCAAGUAAGACGCCACGACCGCUGCAGGUGUGCGGAGCAUCUCCCGUGAUCCAUGCAAUUGCUAGAAGGCAGGAUGGGGAAUGCUAUCAGCUCCGUCCUACGGGACGCCAAAGGUUCAAAUAAAUCGAGGCGUGAGAUGGAAGAUGUCUUGAAUAGACUGAUUGUCCUCGCCGAAGUCAAGGCUACCACACACUACCAGCGUGUGAGCACAAAUCCCAUCGACGAAGAUGUUCUUCCCAUCGACAAAAUUUUGAGGAGAUUCCACGUUGCACAUUGCUGUGUGAAGCGAGACGCAGGAGCUGCACGGCAAGCCAUCGAACAGUAUUUGGGGCGGUACUUGAAGCCAGAAAUCAUCGAAGGCCUCACAGCUGUCAUCGCUGAAACGCUGGAUCGGCUCAUGAAUUCUAUCUCGACAAAAAGCAGCAGCGAAGUCACGAGCUAUGCCAUCACGAUUGGGAAAGCUGGCGGGAUUGGACGAAUCGAUUGCUACCUAUUCUACUACAAAUUCCAAACCCCGGACCUGUCAUCCAUCUUGGACAACUGCCUGGUAACGUCUCUCAUUGUGUCCGCAGUUUCUCCUUCGAAGUUGCAUUUCGAGCACCUGGCACCCCUCGCCAAGGCGCCAUAUUCAUCCCCAUUGCCUGGAGAAAGCGACGAGAAGGCUGAUGCGAGGCUGGAGAAGAUUCAAAAUAUGCUGUUGGCUGAGAUGCAGGCGAGUUUCCGGAAGAGGAGUGCGCCGCUGUGACAACGAUGUCUGUCAAGCAUGACUGGCGUCUUAUGCCUGACUUUUGAUUUUGCGCAACUCGGCCUCUUGGUACGCCUCUCUGUCAGUAUCCAGCGGGACGCCAGCAUCUGGAAGCGCUUGGCCGAAAUACUCCCAACGAUUCUCUGUUGCUUCGAGCAGAGCACCUGUCAGUACUGCAAUCAUCGACACUCCGAACGGAAUGUAAACGUUGAAACUCUGCUUAG